UAUAUAUCUUUUUUUUUACUGAAGGACGCCCAGCACCACGUGGUGCAUUCUAUUUACUCGAGAUCCCUCCUCAGUGCGGGCUCUGUGGAGCUGCCUAAUGAAAUCAGAGCUUGAAGGGAUAGAAGCAACUGAGGGGAUACUGAAGCCGAGCAAGCAACGUGUUGUAUAGCGCGUAAAGGCUUUCUGCCAUGGUGAACCAGGUCCACUCCACUGACAGCAACGGUCCCCUGUCCAAGCACGAGUCAAGCGGGACCAGCAGCAGCAGCAGCGGGGGUGACAGCUCCAAGGAGAGCUCCCGCUGCUCCACGCCCCUCCUCGACAGCGACCGCACGGACCGGCUGCGCGAGAAGAUGCGUCACCGCAUGGAGUCCGGAGACCAGUGGUUCUCCCUUGAGUUCUUCCCCCCCCGCACAGCCGGUGGAGCAGUCAACUUGAUCUCCAGGUUUGACCGCAUGGGCGCGGGCGGGCCUCUCUUCAUUGACGUGACCUGGCACCCAGCAGGGGACCCAGGCUCUGACAAGGAGACCUCGUCCAUGACGAUUGCCAGCACAGCGGUCAACUACUGCGGCCUGGAGAGCGUGCUGCACAUCACCUGCUGCAACCAGAGCAAGGAGAAGAUCAGCCAGCACCUGAGCAAGGCCAAGAGGCUGGGCCUCAAGAACAUCAUGGCUCUCCGUGGAGACCCCAUUGGAAAUGAGUGGGAAGAGGAGGCAGGAGGCUUUAGCUAUGCCAGAGACCUUGUCAAACACGUUCGCUGUGAAUUUGAUGAUUACUUUGAUAUCUGCGUCGCUGGCUACCCCACUGGUCACCCAGAAGCCAAGAGCUAUGAGGAGGACCUGAGACACCUGAAGGAGAAGGUGGAUGCGGGGGCCGACUUCAUCGUUACUCAGCUGUUCUUCCGGGCCGAGACCUUCCUUACGUUCUUGAAGGAUUGUCGAGCCAUCGGCAUCACCUGCCCCAUUGUGCCGGGAAUCUUUCCCAUACAGGGUUACCAGUCUCUGCGGCAGUUGGUGAAACUGUCCAAGCUGGAGGUGCCUGAGGAAAUCAAGGAGGUGAUGGAGCCCAUCAAAGACAAUGACGCUGCUAUCCGGAACUACGGCAUUGACCAGGCUGUGGAGAUGUGCAAGGUGCUGCUUCACAGCGGAGAGGUGCCAGGGCUCCACUUCUACACCCUCAACAGAGAGGUGGCCACUAUGGAAGUGUUGAGACGGCUGGGGCUGUGGCUGGAGGACCCAAGGCGACCCCUACCUUGGGCAGUCAGUGCUCACCCGAAGCGUAAAGUGGAGGAUGUGAGGCCGAUCUUCUGGGCUUCCAGACCGAAGAGUUAUAUUUACAGAACCCAGGACUGGGAUGAGUUUCCCAAUGGAAGAUGGGGUAACUCGUCCUCUCCAGCUUUUGGCGAGCUGAACGAUUACUACCUGUUUUACCUGAAGAGCAAGUGUGCCAAGGAAGCUCUGCUGAAGAUGUGGGGAGAGGAGCUGAUGAGCGAGGAGAGUGUCUAUGAGGUGUUCACCUGCUACAUUGCUGGGAAGCCAAACCACAACGGACACAAAGUGACGUGUUUGCCGUGGAAUGAUGACCCCCUGGCUUCUGAGACCAACCUGCUGAAAGAAGAGCUGGAGAAAGUGAACCGCCGGGGUGUCCUGACCAUCAACUCCCAGCCCAACAUCAAUGGCAAGCCCUCCUCGGAUCCCAUCGUGGGUUGGGGUCCCAGCGGAGGAUACGUCUUCCAGAAGGCAUAUAUGGAGUUCUUUACCUCCAGUGAGAAUGUCUCUGCACUUCUUAAAGUACUCAAGAAGUAUGAACCUCGUGUUAACUAUCAUAUUGUCAAUGUUAAGGGUGAGAAUGUAACAAACGCUCAUGACUUGCAGCCAAAUGCUGUGACCUGGGGGAUCUUUCCAGGCAGGGAGAUCAUUCAGCCCACAGUCGUGGACCCAGUCAGCUUCAUGUCUUGGAAGGAUGAAGCCUUUGCUCUUUGGAUCGAGCAGUGGGCCAAACUAUACGAGGAGGAGUCCCCUUCACGCAUGAUCAUCCAGUACAUCCACGAUAACUAUUACCUGGUGAACCUCGUGGACAAUGACUUCCCUCUGGAGAACUGCCUGUGGCAGGUGAUUGAGGACAUGUGCAAGCUGCUUGACUCUCCGGUCGAGCAUCCCACUGAGCUCCACCCCUGAACUGGGUUCCAGGACUCCCAGUGUAUUCUUUUGAAUGCGGCAUACUCAGUCUGUAACUCCUACGCAUUUUUUAAAAUGCCUUUCUUGGAUAUAGAAUGUAUACCUUUUUAAAACACAUGCUUUAAGAAAAACAAUACUGAAAAGGGAAUGCUUUUGCAAGAUAGACAUUGUACUGUUUCUGCCCUUAGUACAAAAAUCACUUUUUUUUUUUUUUAUGUCCCACCUGAAUAUAAUCGCUACCCCUUUUUAAAAACUAGACUGCACAAGACCAAACUAUCACUGUCCAUAAAAUUAUCAUCAUGGAUGGCAGUGUUUCUCAGUCCUCGACAAAGUGUACUUAAGACAUUUAAGCACCAGUUCAUUCCGUUCCAGUAGAGCGAUGUACGUGUACUGACUUGCCUUUCUGACAUGUGUCACUUGGAGUGAAUCCCACAGCUGCUGGCUCUUUUAUAUUCAGCUUUCUUAGUAUAGUCUGUUUACGUAUUUAUUUUAUAUUUGAAAUUGCCAGUGUUACGUGAAAGAAGGAAUAAUUGUAUUAUUGUGACUCCUCGCUGAACUGAUCGUGCAGGUUUUAUACAAAGAAAACAUGAAAUGCUGCUUUUAUAGAUGUUCUAACGGGGGGAAAAUAAAAACACAUACAGCUUUUACUUUGAAA